CAACACCUAAUUUAAUUAAGUACAUAGGUGUACCUACCUAAUUAUCAAGAUAUACGACAAUCACUCACGCGCGCCUAUGUGCUUAUCAUUGGACGUGCUAAGUAUUUAUCAGGAAUAAUAUCAUAACUGCACAUUACCUACAUCCACCGUUGAGUGAAAACAGAUGUAAUUAAUAACAUUUCUAAUUUAUUAAUAGUGCGUGAUUGUGACAAUGUGGGUACUUAGUUUGAUCGGUUUAAUUUCACUGGUUCUUUUAUACAGUUUGAGAUGUAAAGAUUCGAAGCCCAUCUUUGGUGUGUAUACAGUGGCCGGAAAAUGGUAUUAUCUGAAGUAUGCUGUGUUUGCGCUGAUUUAUUAUUUCAGAAAGUAUGCAAAUAAAAACUCAGCAGCUGGGACGCGAGGGCGAGCGGGGCAGGGCGUCAAAGCUAUAGCGGAUCCGGCCUCCAUGGACCGUGCACAAUGCUUCAGUGAUCACGCUAAGGCUUUCGACGCAGUUUUCUUCAUAUCGGCGUCGAGGAAUGAAGAUGACAAGGGCAUCUACGUGAUUUCCGGCUGCGAGAGGAGGCCCAUGGGCAUGUGCAACGCAUUAUUCUACAUAGGGUUGCCUGGCAAAGGUCUGCUCUGCAGCAAAAGGCUUCCAGACACAGUUUUAUUCGGUGCUCAAAUUGGCGAGUUCGGAGCUGAAGGCAUCAAGAUGACGCCGGUGGAGCCGAUGACCAAGUGGGCUGUCACAUACAAAGGGCAGAUGUGGCUACAGAACGAGCCCGAUAAAUUCGUGGAUGUGGAAUUCCAAGGGGAGUGGCUGGCCACCAGCAAGUACUUCGACUACGACUGCGACCUGCACCCGCCGGCCGUCAUCCGCUCCAUCGCCAGGGAGAAGUGGAGCAGGGCCUACUUCCAGGGCUUGAAGACAGCACAUCAGUCCCAUUACGAACAGUUUGGUGUAUUGAAAUGCCAAUUCAAAAUAGACGGCGAAGCCUUCGAGUACUCCUUGCCGUCUUUCAGGGAUCACAGUUUUGGCGUUACGCGCGACUGGAGUCUCAUGCAUCGGUACGCUUUCCAUCACAUCUUCUUACAAAACGGCAUCAAUAUCAGCGUCGGAGUCAUAUGCCAGCCGUCAACUGCCACGACUUUUGAAGCGGGCACGAUAGCGUUACCGAAUGGCCAGGUUCUGCCCAUCAAAUGGGUGGACUUGCAGCUUUACCAGCACGGUGAAGGAGGCUCCCCACCCAAAGACUACGCCUUCAGGUUCCAAGCGGGGAAACAGGUCUAUACGGUCCAGGUGAGUGUAGAAUACGAGUCAGUCCACUACGUCUCGGAGGAAUGGGAGGCUCGCAUGGUGGAGCGGUUCUGCAAGUACAUGGUGAACGACGUUCCCGGGCGAGGAGUGUCGGAGUUCCACUACCGGCACAAGGACGGCCGCCCGGAGACCUACGCCAAAAGCGACCCGGAGUGGUACAGGAAAAUGUGCCAUAAGAUUUAGCUGUUAAAACAUAUUGUUGUAUUUCAUGUACCAUCAC